CAGUGCGCGGUGGUUUUGCGCAUGCGCCUGGGUGCCGUCGCCCUUUUCGAUCCUCCGUCUACGGCGGCAAGUUGGCGAGUCGACAAUGCAGCUGUUCGUUCAGUCUCAGAGCUUGCACACCCUAGAGGUGUCUGAUAACCAGACCGUCGCUCACAUCAAGGCUCAAAUUGAGGCUUUAGAGGGCGUGGCCUGUGCAGACCAGGUGGUUUCGCUGGGUGGGGCUCCCCUGCGGGAUGACGAUCUGAUUGGUCAGGUCGUCCUUGAGGAGUUCAGCACUCUUGAGGUCACUCUCCGCUUGCUGGGAGGUAAAGUGCACGGAUCUCUGGCCAGAGCUGGGAAAGUCAGAGGACAGACCCCCAAGGUCGACAAGCAGGAGAAGAAGAAGAAGAGGACGGGUCGUGCGAAGAGGAGGAUCCAGUACAACCGGCGCUUCGUCAACGUGGUGCCGACCUUCGGCAAAAAGAAGGGCCCCAACGCCAACUCAUAAAUGAGGCCUCGUGCUGACUGUCGGGAACCAGGGCGUGUAGAGCAUGUGCCGUACCAGACGGCCUGCUGGGGGCUUAGCGGGACACAGCCGUGUCAUGCUGGACUGUCCGGUACUUAAGUGUGGUUUGGUACAAUAAACACGCUACCAGAAAGAUA